CGAUGGAGAAACUUGGAACAUUUGAGAUGGGAGAAACAAUUAAAGUCAAAAGUAGAAAAAAGUAUAUUAUUAUUAAAAUCAAUGGACAAAGCAAAGUUCCAUUUGCAUAGAUGGUAUCAAAGACCAGAGACGGCUGAACAAGAGAGGUUGCAGUUUCUCGUCCACAUAAUAAUAUACUAUGCAUUUUUUUUGUCUUUAAAGAACCUUACCUAGUAUUAGUCCUAGUAUUCUCUUACCUUGCUCCAAAAACAGAAGACUAAGAAGAAUAAAAUAAUGAUGAUAAAUUCCUUUGCUGUGAUGCAUUCGUUAGCUGCAGUUGUACUGGUAUCAGUGGUCUGUGUAGCUAAUGCAUUCACAAGAAAUGACUUCCCUCCUCACUUCUUGUUUGGUGCUUCAACUUCUGCUUAUCAGGUAGAAGGUGCAGCAAAUGAAGAUGGCAGGAAGGCAAGCAUAUGGGAUACCUUUGCACAUGCUGGCAAUGGAGGGCUAUACAAGGGAAAUGGUGACAUUGCAUGUGAUCAAUAUCACAAAUAUAAGGAUGAUGUCCAACUAAUGUCUAAAAUGGGCUUAGAUGCCUAUAGAUUUUCCAUAUCAUGGUCAAGACUUAUUCCAGAUGGGAAUGGGCCAAUAAAUCCUAAGGGAUUGCAGUAUUACAACAACCUCAUCAAUGAACUAACAAACCAAGGAAUCCAACCACAUGUUACUUUAAAUCACUGGGAUCUACCACAAGCACUUGAAGAUGAAUAUGGAGGAUGGGUUAGUCGAAGAGUUAUAAAAGAUUUCACAGCAUAUGCAGAUGUAUGCUUUAGAGAGUUUGGGGAUAGAGUUAAACAUUGGACCACAGUAAAUGAGGGGAAUGUGUGUUCAAUGGGGGGCUAUGAUGCAGGAUUUUUACCUCCUCAAAGGUGUUCUUCAUCCCCUAUAUUUAACUGCUCCAAAGGAAAUUCUUCAACUGAGCCAUAUUUGGUUACUCAUCAUAUGUUGUUAGCACAUGCAUCAGCUACAAGACUGUACAGGAAAAUGUAUAAGGUCAAGCAACAAGGAUUUAUUGGGUUUAAUCUCCUUGUUUUUGGUUUUGUUCCACUAACAAAUACUAGUGAAGACAUAAUUGCCGCUCAAAGAGCACAGGAUUUCUAUCUUGGGUGGUUUCUGAAUCCCUUCAUUUUUGGAGAAUAUCCUGCCACCAUGAAAAAGAACGUUGGCUCAAGGCUUCCUUUUUUCACCAGUAGGGAAGCGAAUAUGGUGAAGGGAUCACUUGACUUCCUUGGAAUCAAUUUUUACUACUCAUUUUAUGUUAAGAACAACGCGAAAAGCCUGCAGCAAAAGAAUAGAGAUUACACUGCAGAUAUGGCUGUGGAGCUUACACCCUACACUGUAAAUGGUACAUCUACAGAUGAGAUUCCAGUUAUACCCUGGACUUUGGAAGGGCUCCUUCAUUCAUUGAAGGACAUUUAUGGCAAUUUUCCGAUUUACAUUCAUGAAAAUGAUGAAUCUUUGAACUUCUCAGGUCAACAAACACGUAGGAAUUCAUCAUUAGAUGACUGGACAAGGGUGAAGUAUAUGCAUGAAUAUAUAGGGAGCCUGCUUGACAUGUUGAGGAAUGGGUUGAAUAUAAGAGGUUACUUUGUAUGGGCCUUUUUGGAUGUGUUUGAGUUACUAGGUGGAUAUGAAGCAAGUUAUGGCUUAUAUUACAUAGAUUUGGAAGAUCCAACCUUGAGGAGGCAACCUAAACUUUCUUCUGUUUGGUACUCAAAUUUUCUAAACAACAGAACUACAGACUCAGUGAUCACCAUGAAAAUUGAGGAGAAUUCAUCUCUACUCUCCAACACUCCCUUAAAGAAUAUUGCCACUUAAUGCAAUUAGGAUUAGUUAAAAUAAAUGUUCUCUCUAGCCUGCUCUCUCUGUUUUUUUUUCUUGGUCACAUUUUGGUUCUUUGUGUGACAUGUAAGAGAAAGUGGCAAGAAUUAUGGAGUUUAAACAUAGGAACAUGAUUAGAAUUUUAAUAAACAUGACAUACACAUUUUUCCUAUUACAUUAAUAGAACUAUAUGAAUAAAAAUAUCUUUGAUAUUAAGUUCA